GUUAUUUGGCUCGGCAUAUCAAGUUGCAAAUGCGACAGUAGGUGGCACUCGCACCGCCGUGGUGAAGAUCCCGUCUGUGAAACCAAGGACUUUCACCUAGCACUUAAACGCAUUACUUAUACUGAGCUUGCUAGUCAUGAAAAGGAAACACGCAGCCGUUGGUGCGCUAGGGCUAGGCGGAUACGCGAGCGACGAGGACGAAGGCGAAGUGGGCUCUCAAGAGGCGGAGGACGCGGUUGAUGACCAGUCACAGGGGGAGCAAGGGCAAGGAGUCCUGCUGCCGCAUUAUCGGAGCAAGGAGUCGUUGGAUGCAGAUGAGCUUGAAGCACUGGGCGAGGACGGGGAAGACCAGGACGAGGAGCGGAGGCGGUCGCCGCUGACUGCGGGGACGUCCAGCGGCGACGGCGACGCAGGCGGGCGCGCGGGCGGCGGCCCGGACCCCUCCAACCUGCUCAGCCGCCUGCCGCCGGGGCUGCGGGACCCACUGCCCACCGAGUGCUCUGAGGCGCUGCAGGCCAAGUUCGGUCAGUACGUGGCGACGCUGCGGGGCCGCGGCAUCAGCCUGACGGACAGCAUCAUGCAGCGCAAGGCCUUCCGCAACCCCGACUUCCUGCAGAAGCUGGUGGAGCACUUCAACAUACAGGAGCACGGCAGCGCCUUCCCGCCGGACGUGUUCCAGCCGGAUGAGCUGCCGUCGGAGGACACGAUAGAGGCGCUGCUCCGGGCGCUGGAUCGGGAGCAGGAGCGGCGUGCGCGCGCGCGGGAGGCGCAGGUUGCAACGGGCACGGCGCGCAUCGACUUCAGUAAGGGUGCGGGGCCGCUGGGGCACAUCCCCGCCUCCAACUCCGCCUCCAACCUGCUCAUGGCGCAGCAGGCGGCGGCGGUGGCGGCGGCGGCCGUGGCGCGGGUGGUGGGCAAGCGCUGAGUGCGGCUGGGUGGAAGGGGGGCGGCGGUGGAUGGUGGAUGGUGGCUGGGAGUGGAGGGGACUGUGGCGGCGGGAUUUGGGGUGGCGGAUUGGCGCGCGGAGAGGCGGGUGGCUGGCACGUGGUGGUGAUGUUGUGUUGGCUGCAUAGCAAAGAAGAUGUUGUUCUGGUGUUUGGCGGCUAGACAAAAAUGAUGAUGUUGCUCCGGUGUUGGCUGCCUGACACCGCAUGGCGCAGUACUGCUGAGGGGCGUGAUGGUGGUGUUGCGCGCCCGUGAGCUGGUGGCUGGUGGUGGGAGGCAUGAGCUGUAGGCGGGUGGACACAGGGUGGUGCGGUCGGGAGGUGGGCCGGGAGGUCGCGGUCCGGAGGGCCUCGUAGGCGUUUGUGCGCAUGGGUCGGGGGCAGGGAUGAGCCGGCGCCGCAGAGCGGUUGUGAGCGGGUGUUCCAUCCCAGAAGGGCACAAGAGUCCCUGAUGCAUGGGUUGCUUUUGGUAUUGCAAGUACAACAUGGGGGUGGUGCCAAGCCCUGCUGUAGGCCUGUGUUGCGCCUUGCUGCCACACGCUGUCACGUCAGCUGC